AAAUUAAACCAACUAAUAAAUACGUAAAAAUUGAAAUUUCAAAUUGGGGGAGAAACAAAAGGGACGGACAAGAACGGAGAUCUGACACAACAACAGCAAUUACAAAUCCAAAUAAAUAGUUAUAUAUUUUUUAAAUAUUUAUUUAUUCUCACGCACAAAAUCUCUCUUUUCUCUCCCCGAUUAGAUCGGGGGCCCUUACCACCUUUGUCUAAAUUUUUUUUUUCUCCCCGAGCCGUUUUUUUUUUCUCCCCGAGCCGUUUUUUUUUUCUUCCAUUUCUUUUAAUUUCAAAUCUCAUCUUGAUCUGAAUUCUGUUGUAAUUUCUAGGGUUUUAUUUCAUUAUAUUUUUUAAAAUUUUGUUCGAUUCCUUCUUAUGAUAUUUUUGAGCCGUUAAAUCGUUCUUUCGGAUCAAAUGGCGUCGGCUCAGGUGUUGCCGACAUCGCGUAAACAAGAGCAUUUGGAAGCCGGAAAGCGGAAGCUAGAGGAGUUCCGUAAGAAAAAGGCAGCGGAACGAGCCAAGAAGACUCUGUCUGUUGGCCAACCUCUUGCUUCUGAUAUUAGCCUACAAGACGGACAUCACUUAGAAGCUGAUAGUGUGCGAGUCACAGAUUCCAAUGGAGCUGGUACAUCUGAUGGACCUGAUAAAGCUAUUACUGAACCUACUUCUAUAAUGAAUAACAACGACAAAAAAGCAAUUGAAGUAGCCUUGCAAAGUCAACGGGGAUCUUUGAAUGAUACACAUGCCCAUUUUCCUUUUUCAGCCAAUGAUUUUAAAUCUUCUUCUGGAGAUCUAGCACAGAUGUAUUCAAACAAUCAAAAAAUUAAGAUAGAUGCUUCUUCAGAUUCUGCAGAAUCAAUAGGUGUUAAUAAUAACCAAAUUUUUGACCUGCGCUCUCAAGCAAGUCUAGAUCAUGGUAGCGGUUCUAUUAGAUCUAGUUUUCUAGGAAUGGAAGAAAUGCAAUUAAAAGAAAAUUACAGUCCUUUGAAGAUCUCUUCAGCUAUCAAUCCUGGUUUUUCUCAUGAUUUUGCCACUAACAUGAUCCCUCAGAAUAAUGUCACCACACUUGGUAAUGGCCGCACAUUCCACUCUUCUUUUGAAGACUCUACUCAACCUUCCAACAGCCUGAGAGGGUCUGCCCUUGAAGUUGGUAAAAAGUUGCAUGGCGGUUCACAGUUAAAUAAUCCUUCGAUCUUUGAUAUGGAAGAAGGAAAGCUCAGUACCUCUACCAGUGGUUUGCCUAUUGGGCACGGUGUGCCAUUUAGAACAUCUGAAUCUUCAAGUUUCAGUUCUGAUAUCAGAAGUUUCUCCAAUCAUGUACCCAUGUAUUCAGGCGCAAAUGAAUUUACUUCUACAAGAUCUCGUCCAUCUUUCCUUGAUUCUCUUAAUGUUUCAAGAUUUUCAUCAGGGGCACCUUUUCAACGAUCUGAACCAGAAAAGCAGUCAUUUAUGUCUAAUAGUUCACCAUUAAACAACUCAGAUGUUCUGGGAUCAUCUGUUGUCCAGAAGCUCUCAAUGGAGACUGAAACUAUUGGACCUUUUUCAAAAUCAAUUGUCCCUAAUGUGUCAGGUGAAUUUGAUUAUCUAAGCAAUUCUUCAGUUUCUGCUAGUAAUGGAGCAGACAUGUUGAGGCUGCAUAAUAAUGAAAGCAACAUGGCAAUGAGAGAUGUAUUCUAUUCAUCCAAACAGAAUGAAGAUUUUGCUGCACUGGAGCAGCAUAUAGAAGAUUUGACACAAGAAAAGUUUUCAUUGCAACGAUCUCUUGAGGCUUCACGAGCUUUAGCAGAAUCCUUGGCUGCUGAAAAUUCAUCGCUGACUGAUACUUAUAAUCAACAGAGAAGCGUUGUCAACCAACUUAAAUCAGACAUGGAGAAGUUGCAGGAAGAGAUCAAGGCCCAACUGGUAGAACUUGAGUCUGUCAAAAAUGAAUAUGCAAUUGCUCGACUAGAAUGUAAUGCAUCUGAAGAACGUGCCAAGAUAUUGGCUUCUGAAGUAAUUGGUUUGGAAGAAAAGGCACUCAGACUUCGGUCGAGUGAGCUAAAGCUGGAGAGGCAAUUGGAGAACUCUCAAUCUGAAAUCUCUUCAUACAAAAGGAAAAUGUCUAGCCUGGAGAAAGAGCGUCAGGAUUUGCAGUCAACUAUUGAUGCUCUUCAAGAAGAGAAGAAGCUGUUGCAAUCUAAGCUUCGGAAAGCUUCUGGUAGUGGGAAAUCUAUUGAUCUUAAUAAGAAUUCUACCAGUAGGAAAGAUAUGUCAACUUCCACUGAAGAUCUAGAUACUACUGUAGACAACUCCAACCGGGAGAUGCAUGAUACUGUUUCUCAUGCUGGAACUGAUAUGUCCAGUUCAUUGUUGCUACCUGAAAAUGGGCAAUUAGAACUUGAAGUUUUAGCUGUGAAUAUUCCAUCUGAUCAGAUGACAAUGAUACAGAAUAUCAAUGCACUAACUUCUGAGUUAGCGUUAGAGAAGGAAGAGUUGAUGCACGCUUUAUCAUCUGAGUUAUCUCAAAGUUCUAAGUUGAAGGAUUUGAACAAGGAGUUGUCCCGAAAACUGGAAGCUCAAACUCAAAGACUAGAGCUUCUGACUGCUCAAAGUAUGGCUAGUGGGAAUACUUCAAUCAGACAGCUUGAGCCUCACACUGUGCAUGACAAUACUCCAUAUGCAGAUGAGGGAGAUGAGGUUGUAGAAAGGGUCUUGGGAUGGAUUAUGAAGCUCUUCCCUGGUGGACCAUCAAGACGAAGAACCAGCAAGCUUCUUUGA